CGACCUCGUUCAUUUCAAAGCGAACUUGACCCUUUCAGGCCUUGAGUCAAACAAAGAUCUUGACAGUUCUCAAAAGUCAUAAUCCUGAUUGUCAACCAAUCCGUCAAAGGAUGGGCUUUGGAAUAAGAGUCUUGGUUUGGACAGUUUUGACAGGACCAGCAGACAUCGGUGGUUCCAGGGAAAACAGAGAAGAUGGACUACCUCAUCCGCUUUUCUCAGUCUCAUGAGACUUUCCGUCUCCCCGAGAUCGAGGCCCUGGCUCUGGUCGAGGGAAUCGACUUGAAAGUGGUUUCAUACAGCCUCGAGUCCCCUUUCUGCGUAGUACACCUCCCCUCGGAAGAUGCCGCGACCCGGCUCAUCCGGCGCUCGAUCCUCGCCAUGUCAAUCCACGAGCUGUGGGGAUCCGGACCGGACCUGGCGGCGGUGCACGACGCCGUGCGCCGCACGACCGCGCAUCUCUGGUCCAAAUACAUGACCUGCUCCUUCAAGUUCACCAUCGACUCGUACCAGGGCUCGCGCUCGGCCGACGACAAGGUGCGCAUCAUCAACUCGUUCGCCUACCUGGGCUUCGCCGGCCCCAUCCAGAUGCGCCGGCCGGACGAGGAGUUCGUCCUGUUCGAGGACUGGGAGUUCAACUCGACGCCGCUCGGCAUCCCGGAUCCGAAGUACUACUACUUUGGGCGGUACCUGGGGAGCGGGGCGAGGGAUCUGCCCAAGAAGCUGGAUCUGAAGAAGCGGCGGUAUAUCAGCACCACGUCGAUGGACUCCGAGCUGGCUCUGGUAACGGCGAACCUGGCGCUGGCGGCGCCGGGGAAGAUCAUGUAUGAUCCGUUUGUGGGGACGGGAAGCUUCCCUAUCGCUUGCGCGCAGUUUGGGGCUGUGACCUUUGGGAGCGAUAUUGAUGGGCGGAGCAUGCGGGGCGAUGGGAAGAAAAGGACGCUGAGGGGUAACUUUGAGCAGUACGGGUUGCUUCCUGGGCUGGGGGGGAUGUUCACGGCGGACUUGACCAACUCGCCGAUUCGGCGGGUUGAGCUGCGGUAUGAUGGAGACGGUGUCACGGGAAGGCUGUUUGAUGGAAUCGUUUGCGAUCCGCCAUACGGUGUCCGAGAAGGCUUGAUGGUGCUAGGGGUACGCGAUUCCGAGAGGAGCCCCUGGGUAAUAUCCAAGGGCAAAGAGAUGUACAAAAAUCCUGACUUUGUCCCCCCGAGAAAACCAUACAGCUUCCUGGCCAUGUUGGAUAGUAUCCUGCAAUUUUCCGCCCAGACGCUGGUCGACAACGGCCGACUGUCCUUCUGGAUGCCCACAGCGAACGACAAGAGCCAAGAGAUACCGGUGCCGACACACCCGUACCUCGAAAUCGUCUCCGUCUGCACGCAAACGUUCAACAAAUGGUCGCGUCGGCUCAUAACUUACCGCCGCAUCCCCGACGCAGAGGUCGACCGGGAGGCGAUGAAGGCGCGGGAGGAGACAAAAGCAGUCGGCAAGACGGCCGACGAGCUGAACCCCUUCCGCAAGGCCUACUUCAACAGGUUCGAGCCCGUGGAAGGAACAUCAGAUAACGCGCCUUAGAUACGACACCGACCACUACCCUCUCAGCUUGUGCAAUGAAACUGUGGCGCAACGGACCCGGGAGGUCUACCAGUUCUCGGCCGCGCUAUCAACUC